GUGGCAGCAGCAGCAGCGGCGGCAGACAGGCAGCGGAGUUGGUACGAACAUCUUCGACUUCUCAAACCAAAAACACCUCGGCUGCUCCUCAGCUGCUCCGCGCACAGAUAUGCCUCGGACCGCUCGCUGUUUUUUUGGGAAUACUCGCUGGAUUUAGCGUGCGAUCGCCGCGGAGAAGAUGACUAAAUGCGAAGCGAGCAGCGCAGGAGAAAGUGUGCCUUGUUUGGAGCCGAACGGGUCGUGUGCCACAACAUAGAACUCCGGAGCGCAUCGAGGCCAGCAGCAGCCUGUAGCAGCAGCUAGCUCGUCGGGCUAACGCUAGCUCGCUAACGUUACAGGUGUUUAGGCAGCAAAUAAACCAAACGUAACUUGUAGCUGUAGUUAGCCGGCGACAAGCUGGGCUCCCAAGUCUUGACUUAACACUGAACUAAACGUGCCUGUUGUAAGCUUUUUAGCAAACGCCAAGUAGCAAGUAUCACACUUAGCAACAUUGUUAUUAGCCGUUAGCUUUUCAGUUAGCCGUCGCUGCCCCGUGUUUACAACAGCAGCAGCAGCGGGGCUAGCCACAUUAGCAUUCAAGCUAACGAGUUAACUUUAUUGCUACAUGUGCUUAUUUUCUUUUGUAGCUCAUUUUUCGCUGUUUAACCCGACUCGAGUCCACUGUGGUUUGUUGUUACUCGUCACAUUUGCAAGCGAGCCGGUUUGACUUUUUUUAUUUUCCACCGUGCCUGCCCUGGACUGACCCACCCAUAAGGACUAUCUAUCCGGGGCCGAUGCUGACAGUUCAGCCCGGAUCACGGCAACGCCAGGAGCCGCUACAGCAAUGCAGCCCCAGCAGAUAUACGACUUUUCGAGUGACGAGAACAGUCACAAAUGGAGAGGCCUCUUCGUGCAAGCUUUACGAAAGGUACAGAAGCAGGUCCACCCAAACCUGACGGCGAAGGAGGAUGCCCUCCAGCACAUCGAGGAGCUGAUCCUGCAGCUGCUCAACAUGCUGUGUGUGGCCCAGCCUCGCUCCGUGCAGGAUGUCGAGGAACGCGUCCAGAAAACUUUCCCCCACCCCAUCGAUAAGUGGGCGAUCGCCGACGCCCAGUCGGCUAUCGAGAAGCGUAAGAGACGAAACCCCUUACUUCUCCCCGUGGACAAGAUACACCCAUUGCUGAAGGAGGUUUUGGGAUACAAAGUGGACUACCAUGUUUCCCUGUACAUCGUGGCAGUGCUUGAGUACAUAUCAGCAGAUAUACUGAAACUGGCGGGCAACUACGUCGGCAACAUCCGUCACUUUGACAUCAGCCAGCAGGACAUCAAGGUGUCCAUGUGCGCAGACAAGGUGCUGAUGGACAUGUUUGACCAGGAGGAGGACUUCGGCCUGAUGUCGCAGUGCCCAGAGGAGCCGUCGUCCUCCGGGGAGCUCACGUACGACGACCUGGUGAGGCUUGAAAUCGCAGAGGAGCGGCAGUACCUGCGAGAGCUCGACCUGAUCAUCAAAGUGUUCCGGCGUCACUUCCUGUCCAACCCAAAGAUCUUCACGGCUCAGGACGUGGAGGUGAUCUUCAGCAACAUCCUGGACAUCCACGAGCUGACGGUGAAGCUGCUCGGACUGAUCGAGGACGCCGUGGAGAUGACGGCCGACGGCAGCCCUCAUCCGCUGGUGGGCAGCUGCUUUGAAGAUCUCGCAGAGGAGCAGGCGUUCGACCCCUACGAGACCUUGUCCCAGGACAUCCUCAACAGGGAUUUUCAUGAGCACUUCAACAACCUGAUGGCGCGACCAACGGUUGGCCUCUACUUUCAGUCAGUUGCAGAGGGCUUUAAAGAAGCUGUCCAGUACGUCCUUCCCCAACUGAUGAUGGUCCCAGUGUACCACUGUAUGCACUACUUUGAGCUACUUCAGCAACUUCAGGAGCGCAGUGAAGACCAAGACGACAGAGAAUGUCUGAAACAGGCGAUCACAGCUCUGCUUAACCUUCAAUGUAGCGUAGAGCGCAUCUAUGCCAAGCACCAGCCUCGCCGCAAACCUGGUGAGCCCAUGUACCGCCUGUACAGCAGGCAGGUCCGUAGCAAACAACUAGCCAUCAAACGCAUGAAUGAGAUCCAGAAAAGCAUCGACGGCUGGGAGGGGAAGGACAUCGGCCAGUGCUGCAGCGAGUUCAUCCUGGAGGGGCCGCUGCUGCGAGCCGGCGCCAAGCACGAGAGACACAACUUCCUGUUCGACGGCCUCAUGAUCAGCUGCAAGGCCAACCAGAGCUCCCGGCUGCCGGGGUCGGGCAGCGGGGCCGAGUACCGCCUGAAGGAGAAGUUCGUGCUGAGGAAGAUCCGCAUCGGGGACCGCGAGGACUCGGCGGAGCUGCGGCACGCCUUUGAACUGACGGGCAAAGAUGAGAACUGUGCGGUUUUCUGCGCACGGACAGCGGAGGAGAAGGCGGCGUGGAUGGCGGCGCUGGUGACCCUGCAGUACCGCUCCACUCUGGAUCGCAUGUUGGACACGGUGCUGCAGCACGAGGAGCAGGCGCAUCCUCUAAGACUGCCCUCCCCGGAGGUUUACCGUUUUGCUGUGCAGGACUCAGAGGAGAAUAUAGUGUUCGAGGACAAAGUGCAAAGCAAAACGGGAAUCCCCAUCAUCAAGGCCGGCACCGUGGUCAAGCUCAUAGAGAGGCUCACCUACCACAUGUAUGCUGAUCCCAACUUUGUGCGCACAUUUCUUACCACGUACCGAUCGUUCUGCAAACCACCGGAGCUGCUCACCCUGCUGAUAGACAGGAUUGAGAUCCCAGAGCCAGAACCGACUGAGGAGGACCGACAGGCUCUCUGGAACGGCGAUCAGCCGAUGGCGGCCGAGCUCCAGAGGUUCCGGAAGGAAUACGUUCAGCCGGUUCAACUCAGGGUUCUUAACGUUUUCCGUCAGUGGGUCGAACAUCAUUUCUACGACUUUGAGAACGACCCAGAGCUGAGAAAUCGACUCGAGGAAUACAUCACCAGCAAAAUCCAACUGCGAGGAAAGUCCAUGAGAAAGUGGGUGGAGUCCAUCAACAAGAUCAUCAGGAGGAAGCUGCAGACUCAGUCCAACGGCGUCAGUCACAACAUCACCUUCGAGAGCUCGCCUCCUCCCAUCGAGUGGCACAUCUGCAGAGCCGGACAGGUGGAGUCGUUCGACCUCAUGACCCUUCACCCCAUCGAGAUCGCCCGCCAGCUGACGCUCCUCGAGUCUGAGCUCUACAGAGCUGUGAGGCCGUCUGAGCUCGUCGGCAGCGUCUGGACCAAAGAGGACAAAGAGAAGAACUCGCCAAACUUGCUCCGCAUGAUCCGCCACACCACCAACCUCACGCUGUGGUUCGAGAAGUGUAUUGUCGAGACGAUGAACCUGGAGGAGAGGGUGGCCGUGCUGUCGCGCGUCAUCGAGAUUCUGCAGGUUUUCCAGGAGCUCAACAACUUCAACGGCGUGCUGGAGGUGGUCAGCGCCAUCAACUCUGUCCCAGUCUACAGGCUCGACCACACCUUCGAGGCAAUACCAGAGAGGAAAAAGAAAAUCCUGGAAGAAGCUGUGGAACUGAGCCAGGACCAUUUUAAGAAAUACUUGGCUAAACUCAAGUCAAUAAACCCACCCUGUGUGCCUUUCUUUGGUAUCUAUUUAACCAACAUCCUGAAGACAGAGGAGGGCAACCCUGACUUCCUCAGACGCCACGGCAAGGAGCUGAUCAACUUCAGCAAGAGGAGGAAAGUGGCCGAAAUCACAGGAGAGAUCCAGCAGUACCAGAACCAGCCCUACUGUCUGAAGGUGGAGCACGACAUCAGGAGGUUCUUCGAGAACCUGAACCCGAUGGGUAACAGGAGCGAGAAGGAGUUUGCUGACUACCUGUUCAAAAUGUCUCUGGACAUCGAGCCACGGAACUGCAAGCAGGCUCCCCGAUUUCCCAGGAAGACCGGCUACAAUCUGAAAUCUCCGGGGAUCCGGCCUGUACGAACGUCUACCUCGGGCACCCUGAAGGGCCACCCCGUCCCCCUGGAGAGGGAGCCCCCACACAAGAUCACUUUCCGGAGCAUCGCCGAGACCGAGCCGGAGAUGCCGGCGUCGGCCUCUGUGCCCACCUCCCCGAACACGCCCACGCCUCCGCAGUCGGCCUCCUCCGACCUCUGCUCAGUCUUCAUGGAGCACGACCUCAGCAGCUCCUACGGCGGUGGUAACGCCAUAUUCGCUUCAAUUCUCCUGCCGCCUUCAAAGUCCCAGUCUGUGUCUUGCGGCAGCCUCCACCAGCUCGGAGAGGAGCUGAAGCCGCCUCCUCUGCCGCCUCGAAGGAAAGACGCCAUGUCUGAAGCUAAACUGAGCUCCAAGUCCGACAACCCUCCAGCCAUCCCUCCCCGGCUGCCUCCUCCCGUUCCCCGGAACCAGCCCCGGCCGCCGGUCUACAACGGACCCCCCAUCGACGGCCCGCUGCCCAGCCCUCCUACUCCACCGCCCCGCGACCCUCUCCCCGACACGCCUCCCCCGGUGCCCCAGCGGCCCCCGGAGAUCUUCAUCAACUACCCCCUGAACCUGCAGCCCUCCCCGGUGGGCCGAUACCACUGGGACUUCGGCAGCUCGCCCAGCUCCCCCAACACCCCGCCCAGCACGCCGUCCCCCCGCGUCCCCCGGCGGAGCUGCCCGCUCAGCGCCAGCCAGAACAGCCUCUGCCCCCUACCGGUCCCCAUCACCGCCCCGCCCGUCCCCCCGCGCCACAACUCCAGCCCGCAACUCCCCAAACUCCCACCAAAGACAUACAAAAGGGAGCCGCUCCAGCCGCCGCUACAAGGCCUCUCAUUGGUGGAGAACACCGACAGCAGCCAGUGAGCACGCUCCGUUAUUUCCCUUCAAACUACGACCCACUUGACUCAAAGCUACUGAUCUGAAAGAAUAACACUGCUCCACACUCUCUUCAGCCCACCCUGUUCAUCCACCGCCCCCCUCCCCCGCCCCGCCGUGCCUCUCAGGGGAUCAGUAGCUCCGCCUCCAUCAUAAACCCUCUGUGCCAAUGAGAAACCCACACCGGUGUGCCAGCUAAUAAACAGCAAGGAGAGUUUGUUGGAGCGGGGCCUUCUGCUCCCGAUUUUAAAAAAAGUUCUCACCCCUCACUCGCUCAACUUUUACCCCUCCGUCCUCGUGGCGGGGGUAAACGUCGGGGGG